AUGUCGAACGAGAAACUCCCGACAUACUUUAUCGGCCACGGAGGAGUGAGCAUCCUCUUCAAACCCGGCUACGGGCCCGUCCAACAAGACCUCCGCGAGAUCGGCAAGGAAAUCAAGGCCCUGAAACCGGAAGCAAUUGUCAUCACCUGCGGCCAUUUUCAAGGCGAAGGUGAUGCUAUUGAAGUGAACCUAAAAGAACCCACCAAAGUGUGGCAUGACUUGGGCCCUUCCUGGCACACGACAUUCCCCCACGUCUUCAAGUAUCAGUACGCACACAAAUCGUCUAGAGCCUUAGGAGAAAAGGUAUUGCAGCAUCUUCUUGAUCAGGGGAUUAAAGCGAGGGGAGUGGAGCGUGAUCUUGAUCAUGGAAUAUGGGUGCCUUUCAAACUCAUGUUUCCAGAAGAAGACGAACUGGAUAUUCCCAUCCUGCAGAUUUCCACCUACGCAGGAAAUGAUCUGAAUGCACACGUUCGGCUGGGUGAAGCACUUUCGUCAUUACCCGGGCGCAUUCUCCUCAUUGGAUCAGGCAUGAUCGUCCACAACCUCCGAGCUACGCGUGAAGGAACAACAGACACAACAGUAGCUAGAUCAAUAGAAGAUGCGGCUCUGAAGGCCUUAUCUGCCCCGACCCCCAGCGAAAGAGACGCACAGUUUCUAGCCUUCCAAGAACGUGAGGAUUGGAUUGACGCUCAUCCGACCGAGGAACAUGUCCUGCCAUUAUACAUGACACUGGGUGUCGGGCGCAAUUGGUCGGAAUAUAAGGUCUGGAAUCAGGAUCGGUAUAUUGUAGGACAGUCGUAUCUGUCGUUUCGUCUUGGAAAGCUGCCUUUGACAGGUGAUCGCUUGAAUGGGCAUCUUUAA